UAGCGGUGAAAUAUAAUCCCUGCAGACUAUAACAACACGGAACUUCCUGUUCACAGAGGAUGUUUCCUGCUGUUUCCUGAUAUUAUUAAAAAGAAAAUUGCUCCUGCUUCGGUUCCCUUAUUAACCACCACUGACUCACACUAAUGCAACUCUGCAAAAAUGUUUUUAGUCGUGAACUGUAGGUUGGUAAAAAAAAUAAAAACAUAAAAGCGGGUCAGAACUGCUGUAUCUGCCUGUUUAAUCUGCAGACAUGAAAGGACUUCCUGAAACCAAAGAGAAUUUUAUUUCCAAAUUUACAGCCAUGUCACCACAGCUUUAACUCUCUCUGGUGUUAUAAUACUUGCAAACUGAAAAUGUAAGUCAGUGGAGGACGUUUCCUGCGCUUCUUCCCAGCAUGCAAUUCCUCCUGUAUCUGUUUCACUUUCACUCUUGCAAUUCAUUGUGCGCACAGAAGACGACACGGUGAGGGGAUUUCCUGCUUUCACUGUCACCAUGUUAGUGGCUCCUCUCCUGCUGCUGCUGUUCGGUCCCUUCGCUCCCUCAUCUGGAGCGCAGCUGCCAAAUGAAGGCCAAGCCAAAGACCCCCCCAUAGCUACCAACGGCCAGCCAUUCCCCUGGGAUCGCAUGCGACUUCCCAAAACCGUCUCCCCCAUCCACAACGACCUGAUCAUCCACCCCAACCUGACCACCUUCGACUUCACCGGCGUUGCUCGUAUUGAGUUGGAUGUGCAUGAAGACACCAGCGUCAUCGUUCUCCAUGCCAAGCAGAUGCAGAUCUCCAAUGUGCUGCUCCUGGCACCUGAAGGUGUGAGGCCUCUUCGGGUGUUGGAGUAUCCUCGUUUCCAUCAGCUCGCCCUGCUGUCAGACUCCGUGCUGACUAAAGGGAGGAAGUAUGAAGUUCAGCUGGGGUUUGCUGCCAACUUAUCUGACAGCUACCAUGGUUUUUACAAAAGCAGCUACCGCACCAGCGCUGGGGAAGUCCGGUUCAUGGCCUCCACACAGUUUGAGGCGACCUUUGCUCGUGGAGCCUUCCCCUGUUUUGAUGAGCCUGCCUUCAAAGCCAACUUCACCAUACGGAUCACACGAGAGCCACGCCACAUAGCCAUAUCCAACAUGCCUAAGGUUAAAACAGUGGCGUUGCCAGGCGGCUUGCUAGAGGAUCACUUCGACACCACUGUAAAGAUGAGCACUUACCUGGUGGCCUACAUUGUGUCUGAUUUCCUGUCUGUGAGCAAGACGACUCAGCACGGCGUCAAGAUUUCAAUCUAUGCUGUACCUGAGAAGAUUGACCAGACAGCAUUUGCACUGGAUGCUGCUGUGAAGCUGUUGGACUUCUAUGAUGACUACUUUGAUAUUCCUUACCCGCUUCCCAAACAGGACCUGGCUGCUAUCCCUGACUUCCAGUCAGGUGCAAUGGAGAACUGGGGGCUGACCACCUACAGAGAGACGGGCCUCCUCUUCGACGCCGACAGGUCUUCAGCUUCAGACAAACUCGGCAUCACCAAGGUCAUCGCCCAUGAGCUUGCACACCAGUGGUUUGGGAACCUGGUGACGAUGGAGUGGUGGAAUGACCUGUGGCUCAACGAGGGUUUCGCCAAGUUCAUGGAGUAUAUUUCUCUCGACAUCACCUACCCAGAGCUGCAUGUGGAUGACUUCUUCUUGGGGAAAUGUUUUGAGGCCAUGGAGGUAGACUCCCUCAGCUCCUCCCACCCAGUCUCCACCCCCGUGGAAAACCCCAUGCAGAUCCAGGAGAUGUUCGAUGAUGUGUCUUAUGACAAGGGAGCAUGUAUCCUGAAUAUGCUGCGGGACUUCCUGACUCCAGAGGCCUUUGAGAUCGGCAUCAUCCAAUACCUGAAACGCUACAGCUACCAAAACACUGUCAACAGCCACCUGUGGGAGAGCCUGACUAAUAUCUGCGACUCAGAUGAUCUGGACGAAGGCCGAAUGAAACACAAAGAAUUCUGCUCCAAACGCAACGUGCCGUCUGGAGCCUCUAAGUGGUACUCUGAUGAUGAGCUGGAUGUCAGGGCCAUCAUGGACACCUGGACACUGCAGGAGGGCUUCCCGCUGGUCACUGUGGAGGUCAGAGGUCGGGAGGUCAGACUCAGUCAGGAGCGUUACCUGAAGACAGAUGACCCCUCCCUCACUGAAGGAUUCCUGUGGCAGAUUCCACUGACGUACAUGACCAGCGCCUCCAGCACCAUCCACCGCUUCCUGCUUAAAACAAAGACUGACGUGCUGUACCUGCCGGAAGAGGUGGACUGGGUGAAGUUCAAUGUGGACAUGAGCGGCUACUACAUGGUCCACUACGCAGGCAACGGGUGGAACUCCAUUAUCAGACUGCUGCAACACAACCACAUGGCGCUGACCAGCAACGAUCGUGCCAGCCUCAUACACAACGUCUUCCAGCUGGUCAGCAUAGGGAAGGUGAGGUUGGACACGGCUCUGGAACUGUCUCUGUACCUGUCCAGAGAGACUGAGAUCAUGGCUGUGACUCAGGGCUUUGGAGAGCUCGUACCUCUCUACAAACUGAUGGAGAAGCGGGACAUGCCGGCUCUGGAGAACCAGAUGAAGGGCUACAUUGUGGAUCUGUUCAGGGGGCUGAUUGAUCGGCAGGAGUGGUCUGACUCCGGAUCAGUGUCCGAGCGAGUGCUCAGGAGUUACCUGCUGCUGUUUGCCUGUGUAAGGAACUACACUCCCUGUGUGACCAAAGCCACCCAGCUCUUUAACCAGUGGAAGGCCUCUGAUGGCAAAAUCAGCCUCCCUGUCGACAUCACAAUGGCUGUGUUUGUGAUUGGAGCUCGAACACCAGAGGGGUGGAACUUCUUGUUUGAGAAGUACCGCAAUUCGAUGCAAAUGUCUGUCAAGAGCCGCAUGAAAUUUGCCAUGACUGUCACCCCCCUGCAGGACAAGCUCAAGUGGAUGAUGGAGCAGAGCCUCCGCGGUGAUGUGAUGAAGACUCAGGACCUCCCAGACGUGGUCGUCUCAGUCAGCAAGAACCCCCAUGGCUUCAAACUGGCCUGGGACUUCCUCCGAGCCAACUGGCAAACCCUGAUCAAGAAGUUCGACCUCGGCUCCAACACUAUAUCAUACAUGGUGACUGGGGUGACCAACCAGUAUUCUACCAGGGAGACGUUAAAUGAGGUACGAAGCUUCUUCGGCUCCCUGACCGAGGAGACGGGCUCGGAGAUGAGGUGUAUCCAGCAGACAUAUGAGACCAUUGAGGAUAACAUCCGCUGGAUGGACACCAACCUUCCUCUGCUGCGGGCCUGGCUGGACAAACACGGACACAAAGGGCCUCAUGAGGAUUUAUAGCGGCAGGUGAAGCAAAAAGUCUAAUGUGGAUAAUAAUGUUGCUCAAAACAGAAACUACUACAAGUUUGGACACAAGUCAAAAAUUGGAUGACUUUAUAUUUGACGACUAUAAUCAAGAAGUUUGUCAACUCAACUUUGACUUGAACGGCACUAACUCCUGACUUCAUUUGGACGGUAGAUUUUAACUCUUACUUACUCUUUAUCUUACAGCCUAAAGAAAUACUGUCAUGUGAUCCAUAAGAGACACAUUCCCUCAGUAUGUGAAAGUAGCCUUAAGAAAUGCCUUAAAGAACCAGAUUAUGUGAGAGGUCUGAGUUAGGAACAUCAUUUUAAAAGGAAAAAAAUAUUCAGGGGGGGUUUGUUUCCCAAUGAAAGUGCUCUCCAGUAGACAGUCUGAGUGUUAUUGCUCACUGCUGUCUGUGUGUAUCUGUAUAUGUUUGUGGGUAUUGUGUGUGCUUGUGCAUGUGUGUGUGUUUUUGGGGUUAAGUUCAAAGAUGGGUGCAGCACUCCCUGUCUAAAGUCUCAGUUUUUAUGAAGGUGAUUUUCAUUCAUGCUGCAAUAUGACUGAAGGCUGAAGACAGCAACAUAAAGGUGGUACAGUGCUGUUUAGGUAGCAGACCACUUCUUCCCACGAAAAACAAAGACAAACAAAAAUAAGACUGGACAUACGCUCUAGAGAAAGAAGCCAAAAGGAGACUUGCUGCGUCCAGCCUUCAGUAAAACUGCUGCAAAAAUGUGGGAAUACCCACAACAGCUACAUCUGACAAAAGGUCAACCUAAUGCACUUGUUAUUCUUUUGUAUAGUUCAAGUGUUUUUAAACCAUAAUUGAGAUAAAACAACAGAUCAGAUCAUUUUUGCACAGUUUGAGUUUCCAAUAUUGGAAACAUGAAUAACUACUGUAAAAUAUUUUUAGGUCCGGAUUUACAGCAAUUCUGUUAUUUUCCAAGGAGAAUAUGUGUUGAAUUAAAUAUUAAAAAUGAAAAAUUCCCAUAA